UUGAAUCGCACACGUAUGUGAAUCGCUCAAGUCUCCUGCUGACCUUUCUUUUGGUAACCAAAACUCCGUUUUCACCAGCCACGCCCAACACGUCUCCCUCUCUCUCUGUGCCCCGUCUGCACUCCCGAGCUCUCUCUUGUUCGAGCAGCUGAAAGUUCUUUACUUCGGCAAUCAGCCCUACUCCACUGAAAUCGGAGCAAUUCGAAUCAAAAUAAAUCAAAUUGUUGAAUCUCCGAUCGCAAUCCACUUAUUUCGACGGCCCCGAAUCAUACCUUUCAGAUCCAUCUCAAUUCUUCUGAAUUCGGCGAUUUUUUUGUCACUUACAUUUUGAGGAGAAUUGUUCGAUUUUUGAAUGGCGAGGGGUUUAAUUUGGGCUUAUUAGCUUUCGGGAAGUAAAUUUUGUUUUCGGUGGAUUGGGGUCAUGGAUUCGAGUCGUAGAGCUGUGGAAUCGUAUUGGAGAUCUCGCAUGAUUGAUACAGCGACCUACGAUGAGGACAAGGUGACUCCUGUUUACAAACUGGAGGAGAUAUGCGAGCUUCUGCGAUCCUCGCAUGUUAGCAUCGUCAAGGAGGUCUCUGAGUUCAUAUUGAAGCGACUCGAGCAUAAGAGCCCUAUUGUUAAACAGAAGGCUCUGAGGUUGAUAAAAUAUGCGGUUGGAAAGACUGGUUCUGAGUUUAGGAGGGAAAUGCAGAGGCAUUCAGUCACUGUGCGUCAGUUAUCUCAUUACAAAGGGCAGUUGGAUCCUUUGAAGGGUGAUUCCCUGAACAAGGCAGUGCGGGACACAGCUAAUGAGGCAAUAGCGGCCAUCUUUGCUGCUGAGGACAGUAAGCCAGCACCUGCUGAAAAUCUUAAUAAACGAAUACAAGGAUUUGGCAAUACAAAUUAUGAAGUGCCCUCAGAUGAUAAGAAAUCGUUUCUUAGUGAGGUAGUUGGUCUUGGGAGCGCAUCUAUCAAGCAGGGGCUCAGUACUUUUACUCAAGGCCAUUCUAUGAGAAAGAAUGACAAUGGAAGCUACAAAAGUCCGAAUCUUCGACGGUCCUUGACCUCAGAAACUGACUCUUCAGAUACAUAUGAACCAGUUGAGUUACAAACUGAAACUCAGGGUAGGGUUGGGAUUUCAAAAAAUGUGGCUGGUGGAUCUUGGAAUAAUGAUUCAAGAAUAAUGACGACAGAAAUAGCAAAUGGGGACUCCAGUUCAAGUUCUGCAGAGAGUAAAACCCAUGAGGAGACGUUGAUGGAUAAAAUUGUAACAUCUGGUGGUGUCCGUCUACAACCCACUCGAGAUGCCAUCCAAAGUUUUCUUGUGGAGGCUUCAAAGCUGGAUGCACUGGCUUUAACUCAGGCUCUUGAAGCAAAACUUCGGUCUCCAUUAUGGCAGGUUCGGAUGAAAGCUGUUUGUGUUCUUGAGGCAAUUUUGAGGAAGAAGGAUGAUGAACCUUUUUUAGUCAUAGCUGCUUAUUUUUUUGAAAACAAAGAGGUGGUUGUUCAAUGUUCUGGGUCUCCCCAGAGUUCUUUGAGGGAAAAGGCUAACAAGGUCUUAAGUCUUUUGGGAGAAAGACGGGAAGGUGGCUUGGUGAAUAAUUUGGAGAAGUCUGCAAAGUCUGACGCUGCUGUUGCUGUUCAGAUACCUGAUUUAAUAGACACUGGAGAUCCAGAUGAGUUUUUAGUGAUUGAUGAUUCAUCAAAGAUUCCGAUUGGUCCUAGAAUAGGAAAUCCAGCAACACCAUCACCUCUUUUAAUUGAUGAUUUAUUCGGAAAUACUAUGAGCUCCAGUGUAAACACUGGUGAACAGAAGAAUGAUGAUGACCCCUUUGCAGAUGUCUCAUUUCACACAAAUGAGGGUAAAGAACACGACAAUGAUCUCUUUUUGGGCAUGGCUAUUGAUGAUAAGCCUAGUAUUAAUCAGACACAUAUGGUGGGGACUCUGGGGAAUAAAGGUGGAUCUGAGUUAUUUGACAUAUUUGAAUCCAAAUAUGAAUUGGGACAGGAACAAGUGAAUUAUAAAACUGAUGUUAAUGAUAUAAUGGGUGGUUUAUCAAUCAGUGAGAAAGGAAACUUUGCUGGUGGUCUGUCAGAAAGUGUCCUCACAGAUUCAAGUAGUAGUUCUGGUCCACAGGUCUCUAGUGAUCUUUUAAGUAGGAUGGUUGGUUCUCAAGGGGGUGGGAUGAAUGCAAACCCAGUAUUUCCUUUGAAUAAUAUGCAAUAUAGUAUACCUCCUGGCAUUAUGUUGAAUCCAUCCUUCCAUUCUCAGACAAUAAAUUAUGGUGCAAUGGGAAAUCUCUUUGCUCAGCAGCAACUCUUGGCUGCAAUGUCUAAUCUACAACACCUUGGAAAUCUGAAUGCGGAAAAUGCUGGGGUUGGAAAUCUUAAUACAGCUAAAGGAGAAUAUGCAUCACCAAUUCCUGAUAUAUUCCAAUCGAACUUUCCAAACCAAACUCCCAGUUCAACAACGAGCAGCUCAAAAAAAGAGGAAACAAGGGCAUUUGAUUUCAUCUCGGACCAUCUUGCUUCAGCUCGCAACCCCAAGAGUGGUUUAAGAUUUUGAUGAUGAUGUAUUUUAUUGGAGCGAAAUAGAUUGAGACUGUCUCUCCCCUUUUGAGGUAGCAGAACCAGAGUCCUCUAGCAACAAGAUAAUGCAUCCGGUUCUUAAUAUGUGUACACGGAAGAAGCAUUGCAGGAGAUCAAUUGACAAAGAUCGCGUAACUAAAGCAAAGAAAUUGCUCUCGUAAAUCAUUUUUGUUUGAGUUCCACACGGAAAAUAAUGUGCAGUUGGCUUUGUAAUUUUGGAAUCCAAAUGUUGUCACUGAUUGCCUUUUCUGUUCGUAUUCUUUACUUUUGCCAGCUUCAUAAGAAAUGCUUGUAAUGCAUGGAUGUACAAGUCAAUAUAGAUGGUCAUUGUUGCAUUUUUUAUUUGAGUUCUGGUGAGAAAA